AUGAGACACCUGGUCAUUGUCACAUUGGCUUGCUUGAUGGCAUCCUUCGUCAUCGAAGAGGCUCUGGGUAGCGGACUUCGGAAUCAUUUCGGCGGUGGGGCGCACGGUGGUCGCCGGUACGACGACAUUUCCAGCGGUGGGGGCGGCCGCGGCUUCAAUUCCGGUAGUGGCGGUGGGAGGUUUGAUGAAGGACGCAGGAGAGACAGCUUCACAUCGUUCACGAACUCCGAGCACGACUCUGGGCACUUAUCCAGCGGUUCUGGAGCCCGUGGCCUCAACACAGGUGGCGGGGGACGUUUCGGAAGUGCACACAGAGGCGGCUCCGGAUUCGGCAACGGCCGCUAUGGCAGCAGCCGUAUAGGACCCGGAUUCGGUAUUUGGAAGUAA